UGAAAAUAUCAGAGAUGAGAAGUUCGCGGAACGGUCGUGGGCGACUCUCGCGAGGCUGAUGAACGGGAAAAUUGACCGAUAAUUCAGGGAAAAAAUCCGUACCCCUUCUUUGAAGGAAGGUCAGGAUCCAGGACCGCUCCCUGGAUCCUCGUGUCCUUCUCUCUCCUCUGCUUUUUAUCCAGUCCCAUCCAUGUUCAUAUCCCCCACUACCUGACUUCCUCGUCUCUGCGGAGAUGCCCCAGAGCCUGAGUCCUUCUUCAACAAACUCCAAAGCAGGUUCCGACGACAACAAUAACAAUAACACUACCACUCGCAUGUCUCACAGUGAGGCCGCCCUCAGAAAGAAGAAGAAUGCAGAUGCACAGGCCGCCUUUCGUGCGCGACGCGCCAACUAUAUUGCCACUCUAGAAGAGACAGUCACCAACCUCGAGGCCGUUGUCAUACAGCUCCAAGAUUCAUGCAAGGACGCCAAGAACGAUGCCGCUGAGUUGCGUGCAGAGAAUGCCCGCCUGCGCCUCGCUCACAGGGAGAGGGAGAGGUUUUGGAGGGCAUUGUGGCAGGCGAAGAACACUGGUCAACCUCCUCCCGACGCGCCAGGAGACGACUACUCGAUACCCUCUUACUCUCCUGUUCAUACUCCCAUUAGUGCCGUCGGUCCUUCGUUACAGUAUCCAGACGAUGGAAUGCGGAUGCCUCCGUCUGUCGAUCCCUCAACUUCUCUUGCCGCCACAACAUCUUACGUUUCUGCGCCGCAACAGGAUUAUUCACAACGCGCGCAGAUGACUGGUUUUGAACACGAUGCAUCUGGAGAUGCUCGAUCCCAGCAUAUGGACCCUCAACGAAUGCAACGAUAUGACCCAUACUCUCACUAUGCUGCAAUGGAAAGUCCCGUCAGGGAUGCAUGGCCUACUAACGAACUUGCCUCAAUGGAAGGUGCAGACCCUAAUUCCUCACCUACGUAUAUAGAAUCUCCCAGUUUGACAGCAGCCGAAGCGAAUUACGGUCCUCGGUUUUCCAUCAGUGAGGACCAGAAAUUACCUCUCACUCCCCUCACCCCAAGUUACAUGUACCCGGGCAGUCGUUCACUUUCACCUGCAUCUACACCUACAUCUACCUCAUCAUCAUCGGCCGUUAUGCCCUUCCAAUACUCUUAUGCAGAAGGCACCAUUGUUCAAGAUCGCGCUGAAUUUCCUUACCGCCGACAAGGCAGUAACCAUGGGCCAGAGCUGACCUUGCAUGGAGGCACUGCCAACAUCCCUAUUGCUGGCCCGAGUGGUGAGACCCUUCGGUACAGGAUAGGUGGCCGUAAUGGGCCACCAGGGCCAUCGAUAUCUCCCUAUUCCCGUGCUGAGAAUGGUUCCCAUGAUCGCGAAAGCGAUGAUGGUGGCGACCCUGCACCUUACCACUACACAACCAGGACACGUCAUCGUCACAGUGCAGCAACCUCGAGAACAUCUCGUUCUCCUUCACCAGACUCUCCACAGAUUUGCGGCACUUUGGCUGUCAUUAAAGCACAAGCCUUUGGUGCUUUGCGCAGGACACGAACUCGAUCGAAACGGUCAUCCGAGGGCGCUGCGAAAGCCGCAGUGGAGGCCCUCGAGGCUAGAGGCAUCGGGCUGGGCAUCAGUUCCGGUUCCAAACGACCUCGCAGUCAUGUCGACGCCAGCGACAUGCAGCUAUGAAUAUCUUGUAUUUUUCUCGCCAUCUUUGACUCUGUACUGAUACAAAACAGCUAGUCUCGGGAUUAUGUAGAUGAUGCUUUCAUGCCACAACCGUUACCCCCUUCUCGAGCUAACCCCAUAUUCCCCUGUAGUAUAAUUCGUGUAAUAUACCAUUUGCUUUCUGUCGUACGUAUCACUAUCGCUCUGCUCCGCACAUUUAUGAAAUAGAAUUUGAUUACUUGCUGUCG